GCGGAGCCCAACGCAGUCUUCUAAAUGGAGCCGGCUCUGAUGGAGGCGGUGCCAGAAAACCAGACCUCUCCGCGUCCGCCAGUGAUGGCUGCGGAGCAGUCGCGUAGCUCUGUGGGGCGGAGAUUUGGACCGAUUCUAGGCACCCCUAGAGUUUGGAGGGCGGCGUCUGUUCCACAAAUCUUCCGGCCUUUCGGAAGUGCGCCGCCUCUCUUCAGAGGCUGGGGAUACGCCCUUCAGGAAAGCCCGCCCCAGCACUCCGUAGUUGCUGGCAGCUGCAGCCCGAUAUUCUCUCGCUCUGGUUCUCUCCCCCGAGAGAAUUCUAGCUGUGUACUACCCACGUUCCUAGAUGUACUGUCCCCCGCCACUCUUAAAAUGUCCAGUAACCCUCAGAGGGUCUUCCUGAAACCCGCAGAGGAAAAUUCAGGCAACGCCUCGCCUUGUGUUUCAGGCUGCAUGUACCAAGUAGUUCAGACGAUUGGCUCGGAUGGAAAAAAUCUUCUGCAGUUACUUCCAAUUCCUAAUUCUUCUGGAAAUCUUGUUCCACUAGUUCAAUCUCCAGUCAUAUCUGAUGCUUUGAGAGGGAAUACAGGAAAACCAGUGCAAGUUACUUUUCAGAAUCAGAUUUCCAGCUCCUCCACAAGUACGUCAGUUCAAUUGCCCAUUUUACAGCCAGCCAAUUCUUCAAGCUAUUUUCUUACAAGAACAGUAGAUACAGCAGAAAAAGGUAGAGUUACUUCUCUGGGAACUGAAAAUUUUGUUUCUUCAUUUUCUAAAGUUAAGAGUCAUGGUGUGAAACUUGAUGGACCCACCAUGAAACCAUAUGCUGUUCCUCCCUCAACACAAAGUGAUUCAUCUUACAUUGUAUUCAAUCCCUCAAGUCUUCCAAUGACUGUGAAAUCUCCAGUUUUGCCUUCUGGGCAUCAUUUACAGAUUCCAGCCCAUGCUGAAGUGAAGUCUAUACCUGCAUCAUCAUUGCCUCCUUCAGUUCAGCAAAAGAUACUUACAGCUGCAACCAACAGUACCUCAGGAACAGUUGAGGCCUCCCAAAUACCAACAGUUAUUUAUGUAGCUCCUGUAAAUACAGUAAAAAGUGUAGUUACCAAGAACUGUCAAAAUAUUUACCCAAAACCUGUUAGAGAAAUACCAAAACCAAUGAUACUCAAUACCACACAAAUUCGAGCAAAAGUUGCUACAGAGACACAAUUAAAAGGUGGUCAGCAUUCUCAAGCUACUCCAGUGAAAUGGAUUUUUCAAGAACAUCUACAACCUUGUACUCCAUCUCUUGUUCCUGUUAAAUCUUCAAAUAAUGUGGCAUCAAAAAUUUUAAAAAGUUUUGUAGAUGGGAAAAGUUUGGGAGAUAAUACUAUUAGUAUGUCACUUAGUGGGACACAAUCUAUAAAUAUGCCUUUAAGAGAUAAUGCAUUGGUUAUGUUUAAGGGGAAGGUCUAUCUGUUGGCUAAAAAGGGAGUGGAUACUCUGCCAUCACAAACUGACCAGAAUUCUAUUUCUGUUGAUGCUUCACUAAGAAAAGACACAUCACAGAUAGUGAGUUCAAGUCCAGUCACAGAAAUAUCCAAAGAGGUUGUAAAUAUUGUUUUAGCUAAAAGUAAAUCUUCCCAGAUGGAGAGAAAAUCACUUUCAAAUACUCAGAUUUCUUCCAUGGUCAAUGUAAGUUCAGAGAAGAAUAAAAAAGUGGAGAAACCAUCUCUUUCUACCACAGACCCAAAUAAUAUGAACCAACCUAGUAACUACCCAAAACAGAGUAAGACUCUAUUCACAAAACCACUGUUUCCAGAUGGAUUUAGUACAGAACAGAGUGCCCCAAGAAAAAGAAAUAUCAUCCAGAGCAUAGAGAAAAUAAAUUCCUCUAUUGAUGCAACAGCUGUUACUUCACAACAGUGUGUUUUCAGAGACCAAGAACCAAAGAUACAGAAUAAGAUGGCAUCAGUGCUAGAGAACCAUACUCAAGAAAGCAAGGAUGUGAAAGAGUCUGAAGAAAGCACUAAUAAGGCGUUGUAUUUGAAGAGUGAUACUGAAUUUAGAAAGAUAUUUGGUCUCACUAAAGAUGUGAGAGUUUGUCUUACUCGAAUUCCUGACCAUUUGGACUGCGGAAAAGGUUUUGAUUACCUUAGCAGUUUGGUGACGGAUGGUACAUACAGGAAGACAGAGUUUGUGGUGAAGGAAGAGAAAAACAAACAGAGUUGUGGUAAGAAAAGAAAAGCAAAAACCACUAAGAAGAUGGAUCACACAAAGAAGAGAAAAACAGAGAGUGCUUUUAAUACAGUCAUAAAUGGGGAAGCAAAUGUCACUUCUGAAUCACUUAACAACAUUUUACCAACUUCAGAUAUACCUCAAUAUAACAUUCUCCCAAGCCCCAGCAAAACCGGAGAAGAAAAGAGAACCAAUAUAAAACACUAUUCCCAAGGACAACAGGAGAAAGUUGCAUCGAAUUCAAAUGUAAUUUUCGAACAAAGUUAUUCCUUUAGUAAAAACUAUACUGAAGAUAUUUUCCCAGCAACACCACCAGAAUUGGAAGAAACCAUCCGAGAUGAAAAAAUAAGAAGACUUAAACAGGUACUGAGAGAGAAAGAAGCAGCUCUUGAAGAAAUGCGUAAGAAAAUGCAACAAAAAUAACAAAAUGUCCUAUAUUUAAAGACUUCAAUGAAAUAACUUUUAAAAACAGACCUUUUUUUAUUAAUACAGUACUCCCACAUAUUAUAUUCCAUGAUCCCAGUGGUUUUCUGAAACUGAAGAUAAUAUUGAACCUUGCAGUUCUUGAUACCCACUCCCAUACCUAAGACUGCUACUUAAAUACCAGUGUGGCCACACGGCAAAGGAAUGAUUUAUGUUUUGAGCAGGACAGUAUAAAAUUGCAUUGCACUGCUCAGAAUUGACAUACAAUUUACGAAUUAUUUCUUGGAGUUUUCCAUUUGGUAUUUUGGACACCAUGGAAAACAAAACUAUGAAGGACUCCUGUAAGUUGAUUAUAGAUGCAUUCUGAAAGUGUUUUUGAAUGUAAGACUUUUUUUUUUUCAUCAGUUGAUUUUAAAAUUUAAGGAAUACAGAAAAAUUUGAUUCACAUGACAUGUGAAUAAAACACAUAGGGUACCAGAACCAUUGUGUUUAGAUACCUGUUUUGAAAGGAAAAACGUUUUAUUUUUCUACAGUCUUAACUGUAAGUUAAAGUAUUUGUUUAGGUAUUUGUACAGGGUUUUUGUUACUGUAUCUUUAGCUAAAUUGUUCAUGUGUUGCUCCAAUAAAGCUACUAUAUACUGUUGAAAGUUUGCAACUCAAGAGAAGAAAUGAGCCAUAAAUAUAACUUUACGAUUGAGUUUGUGUACGUACUUUUGGUCUCCCAUAAAAUGAUGGUGUCUUCUUUUCACCAUUGUUCAUUUCUUUUAAUUUCAUGAAAGAAAAUGUAUUAUAAUAGCAUUAUUUGAAUUUUGAGAUAUUUCUAAAGAGUGAAAGAUAGUUAUUUUAUAACUCUGCAAAGUUACUUUGUAAAUCCAAAACAGUAUUUAGAAUUCAGGCUGUUUGAAUGUUUGAUAUAUUAUUGUCUUAAAGUGAUAUGUUACUGGGCAGCAGUUCAUUCUCCUUCUUUCCCUUUUUUUGCAUAUGUGUACAUGUUAAAUAGUAUGAAAAGUAGAUCUGAACACUUGUUACAUUAUUACUUAUUAACCUCUGUAUACUUUUUUUAAUAGAAUCAUACAUUUUUCUGUCAGGCUAAUCUUUGAUUUGGAAGAGGUUAUGAGACUAGUGUGGACAUAGGGAUUAAGAAUGAGGAAGAGAAUAAAGUAAUUAAAAUGGUGAACAAGUUCUGGAAAUGACACAUUUAAAAAGAAUUAUACAAUGGCAAUAAAAAUGGUAAAGCAGAAGAUACUGAACAAGAGUGAAACAAAUCGAUCAAUUAGAUUCUUUUUAGUACCAGUUUUAUGGAAAUAUUCACAUACUGUGAAACUCACCCUUGUAAAGUGAUUUUAUGCAAAGGUGUACCUCUAUCCAUACUUAACUUCAGAACAUUUUCAACAUCCUCAAAGCUCAUGUCCAUUAAGCAGUCACCUUACUCCUCACUUCUCCAUCUAAGCAACACAGUAUUUAGAUAGAAUUACGUGUUGUGAACAUUUUGUAUACAUGAAAUUAUAUAUUUACUUGUGUAACUUUUUUUUGUAGUUAAUAUUUUCAAGGUAUGUUACGUUGUGGCAUAUAUUGGUAUUUCAUUAUUUAUUGCCAAAUAAUAUUCCAUUGUACUGAUACAGUCAUCCCUCAGUGUCUGUGGAGAUUGGUUACCCCAAGUUUACCAAAAUACAUGGAUGUUCAAUUACCUUAUAUAAGAUGGCAUAGUAUUUGCAUAUGUUACUUACAUAAGUACUUGCAUAUGUUCCUGCUGUGUAACUUAAUAAUUCAUUCAUCACUUAUAAUACCUAAUACUGUAUAAACUAUGCAUAGAUAAUUAUACUGUAUGGAAAAUAAUAACAAGGAAACAGUGUAUUCAGUGCAGAUGUAUUUAUUUUACAAAAUUUUUGAUACAAUAUUGGCUAUGGAACUAACAAGUAAGUGGGCCAGUUGUACGACAUUUUAUUUGUUCAUCUCUUACAGACAUUUGGGUUGUUUCCAUUUUGGGGUACUUAAAAUAUUUUGGUGAAUUUUAAUGUAUAAAUUUCAGUGUGAACAUGUUUUCAAUUCUUCUGGGUAUAUUCCAAGGAAUUUAAUUAUUCAGUCACACUGUAACUCUUUAUGUUUAACAUGUAAGGCACUGCCAAGUUAUUCAGUCAUUUUGUUUCCCCAAUUUCACUGCAGCACAUCUUGUCAAGGUCACCAGUGAUUGCCAUGUUACUCUAUCCUCUAUCCCUAGGUUAGUUAUCAAGCUUCAUGAUUUUUCAGUGAAACAUGAUUUCACAAAUCAAUACUUUCUUUCAUAAAUGUAUAAAUAUUACAGAAGUCAUAUAUGUGUAUUACAGAAAAUUAGAAAAUAUAGCAAAUACUAAAACUUAAAGUAGCACAUUCCCAUCAUUGAAAAUUUAUCACUUAAGAUUUUAAAGUGUAUCCUUUCUGAACUUCAAAAGUAUUCCUCCAUAUAUAUAUUUAUAUGUAUAUAUGUUAUCAGAAUAAGCUUCCUAAUUAUGCUAUUUUGUUUCGCACUUCUAAAGUCAACAGUUUAUUCCUUUGAGUAAACUUUCAUCUCUUCUAAUAUUGAUGCCAGCUUCACCGGUUUGACCCCAGAAUAUGAUUUGUAUUUCUCCAAACCACUUCAAGUGUAGGACUGUGCAUUUAUGUUUCUCAGGAACACUGUCAAAUGUAGGACUAUGCAUUUUUUUGUUUUACCCAAUAAAGGUUAUUUUCCUUUAA